AUGAAGAUUCUUUUGCUGCUGCCUCUCCUCAUGUGCCUGACAUCCAGAGUUGGGGGAAAGAUCUUUGGGCGCUGUGAGCUGGCCCACGUGUUGAAGGUGGCUGGCUUGGAGGGUUACCGUGGAUACACCCUGGCUGACUGGGUCUGCUUGGCCUUCUAUGAGAGCCACUUUGACACAGCUGUUGUGGACCAUGAAGCUGACGGCAGCACAAGCAAUGGCAUCUUCCAGAUCAACAGCCGCCUGUGGUGUGAAGGUUACAAGCACUUUCAGCCGAACUUCUGCCAAAUGCAUUGCAGUGAUCUCCUGACCAGUAACAUCAAUGAUGACAUUGUCUGCGCCAUGCGGAUUGCUCAAGGACACAGAGGACUAGGGGCAUGGAUGGGUUGGAGGAAAAAUUGCGAAGGCCUUGAUUUGUCUGCCUGGUUGAAUGGAUGUGUCCUGUGACAGAAGAGCCAUCAAGGGGAACGAAGGUUGUGGCAGUGCUUGGCGCCAGAAGCAUGGGUGGCUGCGCCCUGGGACUAUUGCCGUCCUGGAGCUAAAUAGCACUACAAGCAUACAUCCACUUAACGCUCUG